AUCUUCUUCUUCAGCAAUCGCUGAUUUCUUCUGAUUAUCUAUAGGAGAUUAAAAAUCCUCACAGUGACGCGCACCCCGGGACCGUCUGUCAAAGCUGGACAGUCCCGGAUUUCAGCUGGAUGACGACUAAAGAGAGGCUGCAGGAGGGACCUCAGAUGUUUGCUGUCAAGAAUAAUGUGUGUGCUCGCUGCUGUGAGCUGGAGAGGAGCAAAGAUAAAGCUGAACCAGCAGGGGAGAGCUGUGCAGGUCGCCUGUCCACCAGAGAAGCUGGGCCGUGCCUGUUUUGCCGUCAGAGAGGUGAAGCACAAGAGGGCAAGAAUUUUUCACCUCCCAGAGCUCUUAAUGCAGGGUCCAGUCUCCAUAGAGACCCUGUCUGCAAGAUAAAGACAUCAUCAGUCACAGGCUUCCUGAGAUCUUCUCCACUGAGCGAGACGAGUCUUCCUGCAGAAUCAUCCACCAUUCAAGUGCCAUUGAGAUUGCAGAUCAAAGUAUCCGGCCAAAGUGGUCGUUUGGGGAUCAGCAUCGCUGGUGGAAAAGGUUCUCUGCCUUAUAAAGAUCAAGAUGAAGGCAUUUUUAUUUCCAGAGUAGCUCAAGGAGGGCCAUCUGAAAAGGCUGGGGUCCAUGUUGGAGACAGAGUACUUGAGGUCAACGGCGUCAGCAUGCAGGGUGCAACCCACCACGAAGCAGUUGCUGCCCUCAGGAAUGCUGGGUGCUGCAUUAAGCUGAAGGUGAUCAGAGAACGGCUGCCGCCCUCAGACAUGUACGUCCCGGCCGUGCCUCAGGAUCCACCGGACCCGGCUGGUCGGCCACUGUGCCAGAUGAGCAAACAGUCCCAGCUGGAGGAGUCAGAAAAAUGUUUGCCCAAGAAGAUUGAGGCUGUUGUCUGCAAUGGGAACAGUGCCUGUGAUUCUGACAAUGAUCUGAACAGAACCCUGUCUGAAAUCGAAGCAGAGGAAUUAAAAUUGGACUCACUCAAAGAGAUGAAUCAUAUAAUGUCCAUCCCCCGGAUUAUACUCACUCACCCCUCUACCUCAGAUGAAGAUGUUGAGCUCUUGUCACAGAUUCCCAGAAGACAGUGGCUUCGUGACUGACAAGCAGACCAAUGUGGGCACUCUGGAUGUUAUGAUGGGGCUUUUCACUCAUUUGGAGCCCAUUUUGGAGAUUUGUGGAUGCAGUACAGGGGCCAGUUGUGGUUCCUCUUUCUUCAGGGAUAUACAUUGAAGCAUAGGAGUUUACAUUCGCUCAGCAUGGGCUUGUUAACCAUAUUAAUUUUAGGAUUUUGAGGAUUUACUUAAGACAUUUUUAAACAUUUGGACUGAUAAUACAAGAUACAAAUGAAUAGAUUUUAGAAACAAGAAUCUGAUGCAAAAGUGUACAUUUAUAGCAGAUUUUUUUUUUUUAUCCAGGUUCAAUUGUAAUACAUCCCAUUUAAUAUUUAGAUGAAUGUUCCUUAGGAAAGAAACCUCAACCAACACCCACAAUAAAGACUUUUUUUGUUUCCUGCCACAGUCAAGACUUUUAUCCACUACAUAAACUUAUUGCUACCAGGCUCUAUCUAUUAUAAAAAUUAUGUUUGAAAUCAUUUUUAUUUUGAUAAACUCAAAAAUAGAUGCAAUAAAAGUUUUUUUCUAUUCUAACUGUGCCCAAGUUUAUAUGCAAUGAGAUUAUAAUAAUGAAUCUGGACAUUGCGCUGUUUCUGAAUUAACCCUCCCAUCAACAUUGAAACAGAAUCAUAGCAUAAUAUUGCCAACACCAUGCUAGGCAGCUAGUACAUUAUGAUGUGUAAAAGUAUUAGCUUCAUUCCACUUGCUAUAAUUCUGUGUAUGUUGUGUCAUUAUUCAAACUUCAUAGGAUGCACCAAAAGCCUGAAAAUAGCUGCAAGUCCACCGAACACUCAUGGUGAUUUUUAGCAUAAGCAUAACUUAAGACUACCAGUGUUGCUACUGGGGAUUACUGUAAAACCAGUGGAAUGUAUUUUUAGUGUCAGCCUUUAGAGUUGAAUUUAAGUCUUUUGUAAACUGACAAAAAAAACUUUUUUUUAAUAGAACCAAUUUGUGAAAGUGAAAACACUUGUUUUGUUUGUCAAACCCAUUAAGCAAUGACUGAUGUUUGCUAUCUCUGUGUUACAGCGCUCUGCAAGAUUUAGGCACCUCACGCUUACGUACCUCAUACUGUCAAGUGUUUCUACCCCUGACAGUGUGAAGAUUCUGACUUUUUUCAGUCUGCUGAGAUGAAAUCACUCAUUGUUGAACAGAUUGCACGGCAGGAAGUCUGAUCUCACUGAAGAAUUACUUUUCGUCUUCACAUUAAAGAUACAGUAAAUGAUGUCACCUGAGAAUAAACAAUGCAGAAGAAGAUAAUAAAACAGCUUUAUAUUCACUUCAGAAGACAAGUAUAUGUAAAUUUUAAAUGCGGUUUAUACUUAGCUUUAUU